UAAGUCCGGCAUCUCUUCUGGUUUUGACAAUUUGUUUAGUUUGUUUUUGUUGCAUGACUUGAUUCGCUAUACAAAUGAAGUUGUAAAUUUAAAAAAAGGGCUAAAGAUGGCGGACGCAGAUAUCUUCAACGAAUCAGGAAAUGAGAUCGCUGGUGCUGCGCCUAACCACAAUCGGGAAGACGCCGGCUUUACCUCCUGCAGUACAAAUUUGGAUAUUAAGGGCAUAAAGCUCACUAUACGCAUGUUGCGUAUGAAUGCCGCUACAAUGGUUUUCAUAUCCCAUCAAGGAAAAGAAAGUCUGAAUGAAAUGGGCAUAGCAUUUCCAGCCAUGGGUGAAGGUAUGAUACCGUCCAGCACAACAUUAUUUGGGCCGGAACAUGGAGCCAAUUCACAACGUUUAGCAGACCUGUGGAGCAAACGAUACAAGCGACAAUUUAUAGUAAGCUGUAACGUGCAAACGAAUGACGUUGAUGUACCGGUGGUGGAGAAGGCCGUAGGCGAUUGGAUACGUGCAAAUUUGAUGGCAUAGAAAACGAAGUAUAGUGGUAGUAUAUAAGCAAUAAGUUGUAGAGUAUAUUUUAAUAAUAAGUGCCGUUUUUUAUAGUUUCGAUUUUUUUUUAUUACAAAUGGAAUAUCACUCGCAAAACGCAACAGUUUUCAUUGCUACCAGUGGCGCACUUUAUACACAGUGCUUUUGAAGGCCGUGGAGGGUCACUGUGUUGAAUGUGGCCUAUUUUUACACGCCACAUAUAAACAGCUAUUUUUGGCGUUGCAGUCAAGUCUUUCAAUGCUGCUGCUGCUACCAUUGCAACAGCAUUUCUUGUUUUUAGGUUUUAGGCCAUAAGGACCCCCCACUUAACUGCUGUCAGAUUAUUGAGGUCGACAUAUACACUCUGCUCUGAGUGGCACGAUCACUAACUUAAAAGUAUUCUUACAUUAAAAACGUAACUCCGUCACAUUAGUUGCAGUUUUAUUAAUAUCUGCCAAAAUGUUUGAAUUAAAAGCUAUUCAAUAAAUAAA